UUUUUUUUUUUUCUUUUCUUUUCUCUUUUCUCUCUCUCUCUUUCCUUUCCUUUAUUUAUAUCAUCUAAGCCUUAUUUAUUUGUAUAUAUGUAUAUGUAAAUAUGACUGCUAGUAAAGGUCAUCAUCAUUCAACUAUUAAGAAUUCUUCCAUUUUCCAAUGGCCUAUACCUACUACUACUAACGAUAUAUCCAUUAAAGAAAUAAUUGAAAAAUAUUAUUCAACUAAUAAUGAGUUAUUAAAACAUAUUCUAUCAGCUAAAAUAGAAGAGGAUAGAAAACAAGCUGCUGAAGAUAUUUUAAAGAUUGAACAAGCUCGAAUUCAUUCAAGAUAUUUAGAUAUAGAAUUAAUGAAAGAACGAUCAAAAUUAGUAGGGCAGCAAGUGCCUUAUACAUUAGUUCCUUUCCCUUCUUCUAGUCAUGAUAAUAUGAAUGUUCCUGUACAACAGCCAGCUACAGCAUGUAUUACAAAGAAUACACUAUUGUCUUCACCAACUCCUUAUUCAGUAUGGUAUCCUCCUUUAUCACGUUCCUAUUUAUUACCUAUUACUUCCUUUCAGCAACUAACUACACCUAUUUCACCUAAUAAUUCUACAUCGGAUACAUUAAAGAAACGAAAUCAUACAUCUAUAUCUACUAGUCAUGAGGAGAAUAAGACACUGACUCAUAAUAGAGUCAUAGAAGCUCUUAAGGCUAAAAUUCAAAGAACAUCCUCCUCAUCAACCUCCCGACAAACUCUUCAACAUCUAAAUAAAAGACAACGGACUCUACCACAGCCAACAAUAAAGACGACCUGUUACAAUGAACAACAACCUUCGUCUUAUCCAUCCCCUUGUUCAGAAAAGCCUAUUCUUCCGCCUAUUGAUACAAGUUUAAGUCAUAUACCUGCUACUACUACGUUAUCACCCAUAACUAAGUCAGUAUUACAUUCUGCUAAUGAUAUUACUAACAAACUAUAAAAUAUUGAAUAUAAUAAAAAGGUCAACCGAAAAAAAAAGAAAAGAAAAAGAAACAGAGAAUUUAUUGUAUCUUAUCAAGAGAAUUAUAUUAUAAUAUAAAGGAAUAUAUACAUUCUUUAUUAUUAUUA